AUGGACGCUUCAACCACGCUAUGGUUCCUCUACGUCUCACUCGCCUCCUUCCUCCUCUACAAGCUCUUCGCUUCAACCAAGACGAGCUCAGGCAAGGCGCGGCGGCGCGCACCGGGCCCGGCGCCUCUGCCGCUCGUCGGCAACAUCCUGGAGCUCCGGGGCGAGCCGCACCACGCCCUCGCCAGGCUUGCAGAGACGCACGGUCCGGUCAUGUCCCUGAGACUGGGCACCACCGACGCCAUCGUGGUCUCCUCGGCCGCGGCGGCGCGCGACGUGCUGCAAAGGUACGACCACGUGCUGGCGGCGCGGUCGGUGAGCGACGCCGGGCGCGCGCUGGGGAACCACGAGCACUCCGUCAUCUGGCUCCCAUGCACCAGCCCGCUGUGGAAGCGGCUCCGCGCCGUGUGCACCAAUCACCUCUUCUCGGCGCGCGCGCUGGACGCGACGCGCGCCGCGCGGGAGGAGGGAGUGAGGCAGCUGGUAGCUUGCCUGGGCCGCCACGCCGGCGCCGGCGACGGCGAGGCCGUGGACGUGGGCCGCGCCGUGUUCUCGUGCGUGCUCAACCUCGUCUCCCGCGCGCUCUUCUCCGAGGACGUGGUGGCCGACCUGAGCUCGGACCGCGCGCAGGAGCUGGAGAUGCUGGUGAGAGACACCGUCGAGGAGGUCACCAAGCCCAACCUCUCGGACCUCUUCCCCGUGCUCGCCAGGCUCGACCUGCAGGGCCGCCGCCGUCGCUCCGCUGAGUUCGUGGCGAGGUUCUACGACUUCUUCGACCCGAUCAUCGCCCGCCGUGUCGAAGCGCGCGGCAGUGGUGAAAAGAUUGAUGAUGAUUUCUUAGACGUGUUGCUUCAGCUUCACUCGAUGGAUCAACUCAGCCUGCAAACCAUCAAGUCUUUUCUUUUGGAUCUGUUUGCCGCUGGAACCGACACGAACGCGAUCACGGUGGAGUGGACGAUGGCCGAGCUACUCCGGCACCCGGCGGUGAUGUCCAAGGUCCGCGCGGAGCUGCGGGACGCGCUGGGCUCCAAGCCGCACCCGGACGAGUCGGACAUCGGCAGGCUGCCAUAUCUCCGCGCUGUGGUGAUGGAGAGCAUGCGGCUCCACCCGCCGAGCCCGAUGCUGAUGCCGCACCUGGCCAUGGCCGACGGCGCCGAGGUGGGCGGCUUCGAGGUGCCCGCCGGCACCAAGGUGAUCAUCAACCUGUGGGCGAUCAUGCGCGACCCGGCGACGUGGGCGGAGCCCGAGGCGUUCUCGCCGGAGCGGUUCGUGGGCGCGAGCGACGCGGACUUCCGUGGGAAGGACCGGCUCGAGUUCAUGCCGUUCGGGGCCGGGCGGCGGGCGUGCCCCGGCACGCCGAUGGCCACGCGGGUGGUGACGCUGCUCCUGGCCUCCAUGCUCCACGCGUUCGAGUGGAAGCUGCCCGAGGGGAUGCAGCCGGCCGACGUGGACGUCAGGGACCGGUUCGGCACGUCCCUCAACAUGGUCACGCCGCUCAAGGCCGUGCCGGUGCCGUCGCACCGGUGA